AUGUCCACCCCGCUAGACAUCAGCAACGCCCAGAUCACCGCCGGCGCCACCCAAGUCUUGAAGGACCCAUACCACUUUGAUGAGGAUGGUCUUCCGACAGUCUUGAUCUUCAGGAACAACGAUCAGGCCGCGCGGAAUUGGCGUCGCCGCUCACGGUACCCGCCAUGGAAGGUACCUGAAGAAGACGACACAAUCCAACCCGUUAUGGCAGAACAAGAAACUUACAUCGCACGGAUGAUGCAAGCGAUGUAUAACCAAGACAAUGUCCUCGACAACCUGAGCUUUAGGGGAAGGAAAUUGUUUACUCGCGGAGCCAAUGGCGCCUAUCCACCCCCAGACGUUGAGGCAGCCUGUCGUUGUCUGUUCGACAAAACCCUGGACGAGUGUAACAACGGAUAUCGUGGCGCUGAGGCACACCCGGUCUACGUAGUCAAGGAUAAGAAGCUCAACUGUGAGCAGCGAAUGAACAAAGUCAUCCAGGCGUUGAAUGACUGGAAGUGUAUCUGCAAGGAAGUAUACCUUGACGACAACAAGAUUGAAGCUUUAGCGGAUGGCCCAAUAGGGGUCUAUGACUCAAAGCGUAACAACAAAAGCAGCAAUCUUCAGAAGAAGAGCACCACAGCGAAAGUCCAUGAAGCUUUAAAGGCUGUCGAGGAAUUGAAGACGAAGAGUGACAACAUCCCCGACGGAGAUGUAACCCCUGCGGCUACACCUGUUCAAGCGAGCACGAGUAAUCAAGACGACGCUCAUGACAUUCCUGCACAGGGUAUCUUUGCUGCCACUCCGGUUGAACCACAACGUCGUCGAACCCAACGCCGUGCUCCCACCAAAACUACAACCCGAACCUGUCGCACUUCAGUCCCGGCAGCACGUGAUCUUGCUCCAGCAACAACAAGGCAAAAUCCAGCACCAGCCACAAUGCAUCAUGCUCCUGCUCAGAUUGCGGCACAGUAUAAUCCUAGCCCGAUUGAAGCUCAGCCUGUUCAAGCGCCAGGUUUAUUCCAGCGUCCUCCUGCUCUCGCCUCAGGGACCAUAGUGUAUGCUCACUUGGAUGCACCGAAUGCAACACAACAAGCCGAGCACAAUUUCGUUCGGACGGAUGCAUCAUACGCAGGCACGGAAUUCCAAGCCCAGCCAUCACUACUUGAUCGAGAGCCCGUUGAACACAUACAAACUGAUAUGUAUCGAGCAUAUGCACCAGGCCCUGCUUUCCGUGACAAUACAGUGACGGAGUAUUCACCAGACUCCGCAACAAUCAAUCGAUUGACAUGA